AUUCUUCUCGGCUUCAACACCUUAUUACGGACAUGUCUCCGGGAGCACGAGACUGAGGAGCAGCUUGGAUUGAUGAGGUGUGCUCCUCUUCUCCUCAGAGCUACGGUGCUGUUGAUCACCCCGGCACAGGAUUCAUGAACAUUACUGUUGGAAAACAUUCGUUACUGGCAUCGACACUCUGGAGACCACGGUACGCAUCCAUCGCGAGCACCUCUGCAUUGAUUGUGCUGUCCGAAGGACUUGACAAGCCAUGCCCGCUGUUUUUUUUUGGGGUGUUUUUGCCCUCCUCUUUCGAGUCCCCACUUCCCGCAUUUUGAGAACCAACUCACAAAAGAAAACAACACCUCCCUCCACCAUCUCCCAUCCGUCGCGAGGACGUCAAACGUCGGACCAACCUGUGCCGGACAAUGCGCAUAAACCUCCACUGUCGUCCGCCGACCCAGCAGGCACGUGUCUUCCUCCGGGACUGAGUCUAGUACGGCAGGCACGAAUCGCCGUGACAGUUGAACCCGGCGCAAUCGCAGCCACCAGCGUCGCCGCCGCAAACGCCUGCGAGAGUCGAUACCGUUAGCAGGGAACCUGGAUCGACCCAAUUGGCGGCAGUAUACGUACCGUAGCAGUAACUGGGAUCUGGUUUCUUCGUCUUUGAU